AUUAGAACAUCAAAAAAUUCAAAGCAGAAAGAAAUAAUCAUCAGUGGUGAAAAAUGUCGAACGAGAAUGGUGAUGAUACUGAGGCGGCUCUUUUGUAUUCAUUUGGGGAAGAAUACCCACAACUGCGAUGGGGAUAUAUUCGUAACGUUUACGCAAUCCUCGCCGCUCAACUCAUCGCCACCAUCGCGGUCGCGGCCUUCGUCGCCAACGUCAAAUCCGUUGCUCUUUUCUUCGGAACCAAUUGGGCUGGCUGGCUUCUUUACGCACUCAUCAUAAUAGCUGUUUUAAUUGUUAUGGCUUUAAUCUAUGUCAACCUAGACAAGUAUCCCACCAACUUCAUUCUGCUUGCCAUAUUUACACUCUUAAUAGGACUAAUUUUUGGCCUUGUAGCGUCAUUCAUUAGUGCGAUGGUAGUAAUAGAGGCAGCAGCGGCAACACUGGCCGUGUUGGCAUGUCUUACGUUGUACACAUUCUGGGCAGCGAGGAGAGGCGAAGACUACAGCUUCCUUGUUCCCUUCUUGAUCACUGUUGUCGUCACUCUCGGCUUGCUUGUCAUAUUCCAGAUCUUUUUCCCAUUAGGAAAAAUCUCCACAAUGGUGUGGAAUGGGAUUUUCAUACUCCUCCUUUGUUCCCACAUCAUAAUCGAUGGGUAUUCUUUGUUCGAACGGAUGUAUGGCUAUUACAUUUUGUCUUCAAUUAUGCUCUAUUUGGAUAUCCCCCUCAUGUUCUUGAAACUAUUAGGACUAUUAAAAGCUGUUGUUUGUAGAAAUUGAUUGUAUUACUGCAUUGUUUCUAGUGUGACAUGUUGCAUUGCUUUUCUUUCAGAUCAUUGUUUUGUUUAGAAACAUAAUAAAAUUAAAAAUAUAUCAAUGGUGUUGCAAAAA